AUGACCUUGACUAAAGGCUCAUUCACUUACUCCAGUGGAGAGGAAUACUGUGGAGAAUGGAAGGAAGGACGUCGACAUGGUAUUGGACAAUUGACUUUUGCUGAUGGCAGCAUUUACAUAGGACAUUUUGAAAAUGGUCUCUUCAAUGGAUAUGGAGUACUCAAUUUUGCAGAUGGUUCCAGAUAUGAAGGGGAAUUUGUGCAAGGAAAAUUCAACGGUGUUGGAGUCUUCACACGCUAUGACAACAUGAUCUUCGAGGGAGAAUUCAAGGGUGGAAGGGUUGAUGGUUUUGGACUUUUGACUUUUCCUGAUGGCUCUCAUGGGAUACCCCGUAAUGAAGGCUUUUUUGAAAACAACAAACUCUUGCGACGGGAAAAGUGCCAGACAGUGGUCCAACGUGCACAGAGUGCCUCCAAGAUGGCACACAGCUUGACAGCAUAA